CUAGAAGAGCACAUUGAUUAAUUAAUCAUUAGCUAUUGGAUGUCAAACAUUUAGUAAUUUUUAUACAUUAGUCAUCUGAGAAAACCCGCAAGGGAUCUUUUAUAUGCACUUUCCUACAGAUAGGAAAGCACAUACCACACCAGUUGUGGUGCCCUGGUUGCAACAAGAAAAAACCAGGUCAGGUGAAUGGAUCCACAGAGGUUGUUCGAUUCUGCGAUGCAAGCACCUCAACUGAGCAGUCAACCAACUGAGUUAAAUCCUGCCCCCUGCGUGGAAGACGGGUGUGCCAAAAACCUCUAGCAUUUUGAUACGCAUUUGCUGUGCCACACGAGUCACUCAUGCUCAUUUGAGCAGCAAUGUAACAUCUUAGCAAUAUACAAGAUGGAAAAUGGAAAAUACGUUUGUGAACAGUGCAGUUACAAUACUACCCGGAAGUAUAACAUUCAGCGUCAUAUAUUUAAACACUCUGACCUGCCUGUUUGCAGGAUUUGUAAUACAAAGUUUAUGGAUAGCAUUCACUUAAUAAAUCAUAUGGUAACAGUACAUGGCCAGGGUGGAGAUGCCAGGGCCUGCUGUUCCGUGUGUGGUGAAACCUUUCUCAGUUUAAAUGCUUUGAGAAAACACAAACAGUUUGUGCACUUGAGAAAGGCCAAAUACCACUGCAAAGCCUGUGACAUGUUUUUUGAUAGUCGAAGUCGAUUUGAUGCCCACAUGUCGAAGCACACAGGUGUUGCUCCUCAUUGUUGUGGGAAGUGUGGAAAGGGAUACAGAUUCAAAAAGAAUCUGCUUCACCAUUCUAUGAUUUGUACUGGCAAAAAUGUGUCUUAUGAAAAGAAAGAUGGCCGACUGCAUUGCCGGGAAUGUGGAUACAUCACCAAAUGGUACACAGACAUCAAACGUCAUUGGUACCAGCAUAAUCCUGAAAACAAGCAUGCCUGCAGCCACUGUGAGAAAUUAUACUGUUCUGUGCUAGAACUGCAGGAACAUGUGAACACAGCACAUCUCAACUUGAAGUUCCUCUGUUACGGAUGUGGCAAAAAAUUCAACUCCCGACGAGCACUAAAUAGACAUGCUAGCCAUGCCCAUGAGAACGUCUACAAAUACACAUGUGAAGUCUGUGCAAAGCGCUUUUAUGACAAGGUCAAGUUUGAUGAUCAUAAGGACAAACACACUGGAUCAAAGAAUCACAUCUGUCAUGUAUGUGGUCUAGCAUACCGCUAUAAACCAAGACUUAUAACCCAUCUGAAAAUGCAUACCAGUUCAGAGAAUUUUUUGUGCAACAUAUGUGAACAAAGAUUCAACACAAUGGCCUCAUUGAAGAAUCACAUGAUAGGAAAACACAGUAUAGAUCACUGCUAUAGGUGUCCGUGGUGCAGCAAGGAAUUCAAAUGGAGCUCAUCCUUGUCAUUUCAUAAGAGGAAAACGUGUCAAUUUCAACCAAAUAUUUAAUAAACCUGAAGUACAAUGUAAGCAAAAACAGGGCUAAAAAUUCAGCUUUUUUCACGAGAAUCCAUGUGGAUUCCUAUGGAAAUAGUCCACUGGAAUCCUCCGUUUCUAAACAUUUUCAGAGAAGACUUUUAUCAACAGUGUUAAUACAGUGUUAGUACAUGUAUGUAUAUAGAUUGCUUAUUCAUAAACAGUGGAUGGGAUACUUUUGCCGAUGUAUUUUGAGCAUUGCAUGGUUCAAUGUUUGUAUGGAUAUUACUGAAGCACAUUUCCACAACUGACAAAAAGAUGUAUUGAUUAAAAAGAGCAGGUAAUUCAAGGUUAGGAACAUAAUAUCAGCGAACUAACAUAGAAAUGUUUGAUGUAUUAUUAAAUUUGGGAACACUUAA